UAAACAAGUUUCUUAAGUUUCCUUGAGCGUUUUUGAUAGAAGCCCUAGAAAUAGAAAAUGGAGGAAAAACUGAUACAGAGAUUAGAAUCUGCAGUGCAACGUUUAGAAUCACUUUCUUCUGGAUUUCGUUAUGGUUCAACAGGAAUUAGUGGCGAUGGUGAUGAUAAUGCACAAUUAGAUCCAUCAAUCUCUGCAUAUCAAGAUCUAAUUGAUCAAUUUGUUGGUAGGAUCUUAUCUGCUGCUGAGAAUAUUGGUGGGAAUGUUCUUGAAGCUACGAAAGUUUUAGAAGAAGCGUUUUGUGUUCAGAAAGAACUUCUCAUCAAAGUCAAGCAAUGUCAGAAACCAGACCUCGAGGCUUUGGCUGGUUUUCUGAAGCCGUUGAACGAAGUAAUUAUGAAAGCAAAUGCCUUGACAGAAGGAAAACGACCUGAUAACUUUAACCACUUGAAGGCUGCAGCUGAUAGUCUAACCGCUCUAGCUUGGAUUGCUUAUUCUGGCAAAGAUUGUGGUAUGAGUCUUCCUAUUGCACAUGUGGAAGAAAGUUGGAAUAUGGCAGAAUUUUAUAGCAACAAGAUUCUUGUUGAGUUCAAAAGUAAGGACCCAAAUCAUUUGGAGUGGGCUAAAGCUCUGAAAGAUCUUUACUUACCUGGCCUGAGGGACUAUGUUAAGAGUUUCCAUCCUUUGGGUCCAGCUUGGAAUCCUACUGGUAAAGCGACUGUUUCAGCACCCGCAUCAGUCCCAUCAAAAGCUCAGUCAAAGGGAGGCCCUGCCUCUCCACCACCUCCUGCUGCUUCUCUCUUGAGUGCUGAACCUUCUAAGGCAUCAUCAUCACAACCAAAAGGGAUGUCGGCUGUAUUUCAAGAGAUCAGUUCAGGAUCUGUGACUUCAGGGUUGAGGAAGGUAACAGACGAUAUGAAGUCAAAGAACCGUGCAGAUAGAAGUGGUGUUGUUAACUCUAAUGAGAAGGAGUCUCGUAUUAGUUCUCCUUCUGUUACCAAAGUAGGACCUGCAAAAUUUGAGCUUCAAAUGGGUCGCAAAUGGGUUGUUGAGAAUCAAGUUGGAAGAAAGGACUUGGUUAUUGACGAGUGUGAUUCUAAACAGACUGUAUAUGUUUAUGGGUGCAAAGAUUCUGUUUUGCAAAUUAAAGGAAAAGUGAACAAUAUAACACUAGAUAAAUGCUCAAAGAUGGGAACUGUCUUUACGGAUGUCGUAGCAGCUUUUGAGAUUGUGAAUUGCACAGGCGUAGAGGUGCAGUGUCAGGGUUCUGCACCAACAGUUUCAGUGGACAAUACUUCAGGGUGCCAACUAUAUUUGAGCAAAGAUUCUUUAGGGACUUCCAUAACGACGGCUAAGUCGAGCGAAAUCAAUGUUUUAGUGCCUGGGGACUCACCUGAUGGUGAUUUGGUGGAGCACGCACUGCCGCAACAGUUUGUUAAUGUUUACAAGGAUGGCCAGUUUAUAACUACACCAGUCUCUCACUCUGGCGCAUAAAUGACAUGGUUCAGAAGAUUUUCGGUUUUCAUUCUUUAAAUUUAUAUCAUCAGCCUUUUCCCCGGGAAGUAAAGAUGCAGCUAUCCUUAGUUCGUGUUUUAAGGUCAGAAAUGAAAAUGACCUUUCCUUUUUUAACUCCAUCUAUUCUGUUUAGUUACUCUUUUUUGUUCAUUCAAUCACACGGUCGCAAGUUUUGUAAUAUUUAGCAGUUUCCCAUCAGAGCUUGGUUAUUUAUAAACUCCUUCAAUCCUUUAUACUGUUUCCGGACACACUCCUUUGGUUUAAUAAAUUUGCAGUUUAUAGA